AUGGUCUGCUUCUCAAAAGUCUUUUGCCCCUGCUUCUCCAGAAGAAGUCGUGCCGGGUCAAGCCGUGGCGGAUCAUCCGUGAGCGACAGGCCAAGCUCGGAACGAAGGCUCGGCAACGGGCAGCCAGAGGCUCAGGGGGGCGGCGAGCCUCAGCGAGAGGUCGAGCUGCAAAACCGAGAUGCUGCUGAGCAGCCACAGGCUCCCCGAAUCGGCCCUCAGCCAGCCGAUAGUAUGGUGUCAUUCCCCCGACUCGAUGAAAGCCCGGACGGCGACAACCCUUCAAACGAUGUCUCUCGACAAGAUACCCCUCAGCGUGACACCGGCAUUGCUCCACAGGCCAACGACACUCAGACGAAUAUCGGAGGCCCUUCAAAUAAUGUCUCGCAGCAAGGUGCCCCUCAGCAUGGCACCCCUAAACCACGCAGCAGACGAGAGUCUCGCAGCACCGCAGCAGUUCCAUGCGUUUCUUUAACAUUACGUGAUCUUCUGGACCACCCCAGAAGUUCUUCAGCUAGUGCUCCGCAAGCCAACGACACUCAGACAAAUCCCGGCAGCCCUUCAAAUGAUGUGGAAAGCCCCAGCAGUUCUUCAGAUGGUAUUAAUAGCAGUUCUUCAGAUGAUUCGGAAAGCUCCAGAAGUUCUUCACAUGGUGAUUCUCAGGCGACUAGCUGCAAACCUCCAGAUGAUGAGGGAGGUAACACCGGUUCUUCAGAUGGUGCUCCGCCGGUCAUCAACACUCAGACAAAUGUCAGCAACCCUUCAGAUAAUAUCUAUCAGCAAGGCGCCCCUCAGCAUAUCACCCCAAAGCCACGUAUCAAAGGAGGGCCACGCAGAACGGCAGCGGGUUCAUUGACCCCAGGCGGAGAUCUACUAGGUGGAUUUCUGAACAGCGUCAGCGGUUCUUCAGAUAGUGCUCCGCAGGUCAUCAACACUCAGACGAAUGUCAGCAACCCUUCAGAUAAUAUCUCUCAGCAAGGCGCCACGAAGCAAGGCGCCACGAAGCAAGGCGCCACGAAGCAAGGCGCCACGAAGCAUGGCACCCCGAAGCCACGCAGCAGACGAGGGUCACGCAGCAUCGCAGCGGGUUCAGUGGCUACAUGCAAAGAUCUCUUGGGUGGAUUUCUGAACAGUGUCAGCAGUUCUUCGGAUGGUGCUCCGCCGGUCAUCAACACUCAGACAAAUGUCAGUAACCCUUCAGAUAAUAUCUCUCAGCAAGGCGCCCCUCAACAAGGCGCCCCUCAGAAUGGCACCCCGAAGCCACGCAGCAGACGAGGGUCACGCAGCAUCGCAGUGGGUUCAGUGGCUACAUGCAAAGAUCUUUUGGGUGGAUUUCUGGACAGCGUCAGCGGUUCUUCACAUGGUGAUCCUCAGGCUAAUGGCUGUAACCCUUCAAAUGACGUGGAAAGUGCCAGCGGUUCUACAGAUGGUGCUCCGCAGGUCAUCAACACUCAGACGAAUAGGGCCCAGAAUAGCAGUGGUUCGAAACGCGGCCAAGAUCCGAUUAUCUCCGAGAAAGAAAGAGAGAUCCUAGGCCUUUUGAAUCUACUCCAUUGA